AUGUGUGAUGUGGUACUACUGUGUAGAGUUAGCGAUGGAAUGACGUUGGUUGAAACAAAUAGUGAGACAAAAAAUUUAUCACAUAAAUUAGAAUUAAAAAAAUUAUGUAAAAAAUUGGAAUCAUUUCCAAAUUUGUGUACGAUUACAUCUAAUCAGUUUAAUUAUCAUUUUCUUAUUGAAAAUGGAAUAGCAUAUAUAGCUGUUUUUCCUAUUACAUAUCCUAAAAAAUUAGCUUUUUUAUUUUUGAACGACAUUUGUAAACAAUUUAAUGAAGAACUAAUGAUUCAAUAUGGCACUCAUUCAAUAGAUUAUAGAUCAAUUAUAGAAACUAUAGAAAAACCAUAUUCGUUUAUAAAAUUUGACAGAAAAAUUACCAAAAUAAAACAAGAAUAUAAAGAUCCACGUUCUAAUAUAGCUAUAAAAAAAUUAAAUGAGAGUUUGAAUGAAGUUAGUUAUAUUAUGAAAAAAAAUAUAGAUGAAAUAUUACAAAGAGGAGAAAAUUUGGAAGACGUUGGAAGAAAAGCAUUUAACUUAAAGUAUGAAUCUGAGAAGUUUAAAAAAGUGUCUAGAGUUUUAAGCCUUAAACAUAGUUUAUAUCAAUAUGGGAUAUUGUUUGCAAUACUUAUUUUUUUUUUAUUAAUAAUUAUUUUUAAAAUUUAUUUUUAA